GCUCCUGCCUCAGUAAAAAUUGUGGCUUUGUGCAGAUUACUACUAAACAAAACAAAAGAGCAGAGAGUUAAAAAUCAAAAGAAAGUAAAAAUUGCAAAGAGUUCUAGUUAAGAACUGAAGAUAUACAAACAAAGCCACUGUGAAGUUUUAGCAACAUUUCGAGUGAAAACAAUAAAUCAACAAGAUGCCUAACACAUUCCCAAUCAAGCCACCAGCACAGAUGCCCUGCCCGCACUGGAAUCACUUUCCUAUUCAUCCACAAGUGCAGGUUACAUUCGGCAGCAGCUGCAACGGUCCAAACAGCCCAUCAUCGCCGCCACCAACACCGAGCUCAUACUCCUACUGCAGUGCUUGCGAUGCCAUGCAAAAGCGACAGUCUUGAGCUAUGUUUUUAUGUCUAAAGCCUCGGCGCAAGUUAUAAAAGUAAAUACUAGUUAUAUGGCAAGAGCAGUUCGUGGCACAGCGUCGAGAAAGGGGCAGCGGAAAUUGAAAGAGCUAAUUGCAGCCAAUAGGCGUCAAGUAUAAGGCACACAUUUGCCUACAAGAAGCAGAAAAGAGACACAAAGGAUUCAAGGGGCAAUCACCUGUCGCCAAGAACGGCUAAAUUCCGAUCUAUAAAUAAUUCGAAAUAUUGUAGGCGUAAAUAAGAGAUAUAUUUUUGUAAGCACUGCAAUGAGUGCAUUUAGAGUGGAGUGUUAACGCUCAGUCAAAAAGGCCAACACCCAAAAUGCCGCUAAACCAGUUUUUGGAUAAAAAAAAUAUGAAUACGCAUUACUGAUGUGGUUUUAUAGAAGUACUUAAUUUUAAGUUCAUUAAAACUAAUAACACACUUGUGUGAUAAGACGUCAUAUAGAUACUAUAUUAAUAUUUUUAGGCCAUAAAUAUUUACUUAAAUACAUAUGUACAUACAUAUGUUAUUUUUAAAUGAUCACUUACACGCGUCGGUUAUGAGCUUAACUUCAUCAAGCAAAGGUAAAAGGUUUUGUCAUUAGUUUAUGACGAUAUAAAGAUUUACAGAUGCAUUCGAUAGCAAGUAGCCGGUUGUUUAAGCACAAGAGUUUUGCAAUGACUUAGACCACUUUCAAAAAAAUUAUGAACAUAUUUGUAGCCACAUAUAUAAAAUACUUAUAAUAAAAUCAGACUUAUAGCAUGUAGCAAACCAAAAGCCAUAUAUACAUAUGUAUCUAGUAUAUAACCACUUAAGCACAUAGAGAAGAUGUGUUAAGUUUUACAUGUAAACACUUUACUCGAGUG